AAAGGGAGCACAAUGGAAAUCAUAAAAAGCCCAGGCUGACAUGCAAAACAACACACUCUAUAACCCACGCUGUCCACCUGCACUCGGACACUCCACUUCCCACCGCUCCAUGGCGUCCUCCAUGGCCGGCGCUUCCACCCUUCUCAUCCCCGUACUUCUCCUCCUGGCCACCGCCACCCACUCCACCGCCGCCGACUCAACCCCCUCGCCGGAAGCGGCCGCCCUCCUCAACGUUUCCGCGGCGCUCACAGACCCCUCAGGCUACCUCUCCACGCACUGGACGCCGGACACCCCGCUCUGCUCGUGGCCGCGCGUGUCCUGCGACGCCGCCGACAAACGCAUCGUUUCCCUAGACCUUUCCGGCCUGAACUUCUCCGGCCCUAUCCCCGCCGCCGCGCUGUCCUCUCUCCCGCACCUCCAGUCGCUCAACCUCUCCAACAACAUCCUCAACUCCACCUUCCCCGACGGCAUCAUCGCAUCACUCAAGAGCCUUCGCGUUCUUGAUCUCUACAAUAACAAUCUCACCGGUCCGCUCCCGGCUGCGCUCCCCAACCUCACCGACCUUGUCCACCUGCACCUCGGUGGCAAUUUCUUCUCCGGCAGCAUCCCGAGAUCAUACGGCCAGUGGAGCAGUAUCCGGUACCUGGCCCUCUCCGGCAAUGAGCUCACCGGCGAGAUACCGCCGGAGCUCGGUAACCUGACAACAUUACGGGAGCUGUACCUUGGCUACUUCAACAACUUCACCGGCGGGAUACCGCCUGAGCUCGGGAGGCUGCGGGCGCUCGUCCGGCUCGACAUGGCGAGCUGCGGCAUCUCCGGGGAGAUCCCGCCGGAGGUGGCGAACCUGACGUCGCUCGACACUCUGUUUCUUCAGAUCAACGCCCUGUCCAGAAGGCUUCCGCCCGAGAUAGGCGCGAUGGGGGCGCUGAAAUCGCUCGACUUGUCGAACAACUUGUUCGUCGGGGAGAUCCCCGCGAGCUUCGCGUCGCUGAAGAACUUGACACUGCUGAACCUCUUCCGGAAUCGCCUCGCCGGUGAGAUUCCCGAGUUCGUCGGCGACUUGCCGAAUCUCGAGGUGCUGCAGCUGUGGGAGAACAACUUCACAGGCGGGAUACCCGCGAACCUCGGCGUGGCAGCGACCAGGCUGAAGAUCGUCGACGUGAGCACGAACAAGCUAACCGGCGUUCUGCCAACCGAGCUGUGCGCCGGCAAGCGGUUGGAGACGUUCAUAGCGCUGGGGAACUCGCUGUUCGGUGCCAUUCCGGACGGGCUCGCGGAGUGCCCGUCGCUGACGAGGAUUCGGUUGGGAGAGAAUUAUCUCAACGGGACAAUCCCAGCAAAGCUGUUCACGUUGCCGAACCUGACGCAAAUAGAGCUGCACGACAAUUUGCUCUCUGGUGAGCUCCGGCUGGACGCCAGGAAGGUGUCGUCGUCGAUAGGGGAGCUGAGCUUGUACAACAAUCGAUUGUCCGGACAGGUGCCUGCGGGGAUCGGUGGACUCAUGGGGCUGCAGAAGUUGCUGCUCGCAGAGAACAGGUUAUCCGGCGAGCUUCCGCCGGAGAUGGGGAAGCUACAGCAGCUCUCAAAGUCGGACUUCUCUGGGAACCAGUUUUCCGGCGAGGUGCCCCCGGCGAUCGGCGGUUGCCGUCUGCUCACCUUCCUCGACCUCUCGGGCAACAAAUUCUCCGGCCGCAUCCCGCCGGAGCUCGCCGGCCUCCGCAUCCUCAACUACCUCAACGUAUCCCACAACGCGCUGGAUGGGGAGAUUCCGCCUGCUAUCGCCGGAAUGCAGAGCCUAACAGCCGUCGACUUCUCGUACAACAACCUGUCCGGCGAGGUCCCGGUCACCGGCCAGUUCGCCUACUUCAACGCCACCUCCUUCGCCGGCAACGCUGGCCUCUGUGGGGCGUUCCUCUCCCCGUGCCGCGCCCACAGCGUCGCGACGUCGGCCUUCGGCUCCCUCUCGUCGACCUCGAAGCUUCUUCUCGUGCUCGGCCUCCUCGCACUGUCCAUCGUCUUCGCGGGCGCGGCCGUGCUGAAGGCGCGGUCGCUGAAGCGCUCUGCCGAGGCGCGCGCGUGGCGGCUCACGGCGUUCCAGCGGCUGGACUUCGCCGUGGACGACGUGCUUGACUGCCUCAAGGAGGAGAACGUGAUCGGCAAGGGCGGGUCCGGGAUCGUGUACAAGGGUGCGAUGCCGGGGGGAGCGGUUGUUGCCGUGAAGCGGCUCCCGGCCAUCGGGCGCGCGGGCGCGGCGCACGAUGACCACGGCUUCUCGGCGGAGAUACAGACGCUGGGGCGCAUCCGGCACCGCCACAUCGUGCGGCUCCUCGGGUUCGCGGCCAACCGUGAGACCAACUUGCUGGUGUACGUGUACAUGCCGAACGGCAGCCUCGGCGAGGUCCUCCACGGCAAGAAGGGCGGCCACCUGCAGUGGGCGACGCGGUACAAGAUCGCCGUGGAGGCGGCCAAGGGCCUCUGCUACCUGCACCACGACUGCUCGCCGCCGAUACUGCACCGCGACGUCAAGUCCAACAACAUCCUCCUCGACGCCGACUUCGAGGCGCACGUCGCCGACUUCGGCCUCGCUAAGUUCCUCCGUGGCAACGCCGGCGGCUCCGAGUGCAUGUCGGCCAUCGCCGGCUCCUACGGCUACAUUGCUCCUGAGUACGCCUACACGCUCAAAGUCGACGAGAAGAGUGACGUGUACAGUUUUGGAGUCGUGUUGCUGGAGCUCAUCACCGGUCGCAAGCCGGUCGGGGAGUUUGGCGACGGCGUCGACAUCGUGCAGUGGGUGCGGAUGGUGACAGGUUCAAGCAAAGAGGGCGUGAUGAAGAUCGCCGAUCGUCGCCUCUCGACGGUCCCCCUCUACGAGAUAACCCAUGUUUUCUACGUCGCAAUGCUCUGUGUUGCCGAGCAAAGCGUCGAGCGGCCAACGAUGCGUGAGGUCGUGCAGAUACUAGCUGACAUGCCCGGUUCAACAUCCACGUCGAUGGGCGUCCCCCUUGUCACCGAGGCGAAGGAGAAUAGUAGCUCGGAGAAGCCACAGCAGGAACAGCUACAUGAGUCCCUGCCGCAGCAGGAUCUUCUUAGUAUCUAGAAGUGCUACUCGAAGAAUUGGUCGUACCGGUAGUACUUUUCUUGCAUCCCUGUUCUUCCUCGUGUAGUGUGGGAAUGUGGCGGUACGAGUGUGUAUGCAAGAGGUAAGGUAAGCAUGUUUCGGUAGCUAGAUUACCACUAUUACGUAUGGUGGAUUAGGCCCGUGUAAUCUCUGUCUCAUGUACAAAUCAAGCUGUUCGAGCUUCCAAUUGAGUUCUCAAAUCCAGAAAU